UGGCUUUUUUUUUUUCUCCCUGAAGUUAUUUCAAGACUGCCACGUGUAUAACUGAGGAUCAAGGGGUUUAGUAAGUCAAUUGUUAUCGCGCAGGGAGAAUUUAAGCGACCAUGCAUCUCUAUGCAAAACUACUUUUAAUUUUGCAGGCUUUUAGCCUUAUUAUGAUCCACAUUCAAGGAGAAAAAACUGAAGAUAGAAAGGAGGAGGUUAAAAUAGAAGUGCUGCACUUGCCUAAAGAAUGCUCCCAAAAGAGCAAGAGAGGAGACCUUGUAAAUGCUCAUUAUGAUGGGUACCUGGCAAAGGAUCUUAGCAAAUUUUACUGCAGCCGUUCAGAAAAAGAUGGACACCCAAAAUGGUUUGUUCUCGGCGUUGGGCAAGUGAUUGAAGGGCUUGAUAUAGCUUUGAUGGAUAUGUGUCCUGGAGAAAAAAGAAAAGUCAUCAUUCCUCCUUCCUUGGGAUAUGGGGAUAAAGGAUUUGAGAAAAUUCCACCUAACGCAACACUGAUUUUCGAAAUUGAACUGUAUGGAAUUAGCAAAGGACCCCGCAGCGUUGAAGCAUUUCAGCAAAUAGAUUUGGACAAUGACAAACAGCUUUCUAAAGAUGAGAUAAGUCAUUAUUUAACGGAAGAGUUUAAGAAAGAUGGGAAACAGCGAGACCCGUCCGUACAUGGCUUGAUUUUAACAGAUAUAUUUAAGAGAAAUGAUUAUAAUGGUGACGGUUUUAUAUCUGCAAAGGAAUACAAUGUCUACCGGCAUGAUGAGUUGUAGUAAAUUAUUUGUUUUGGAAUAGUUUGUGGUUUCUUUUUGACAAUGUUUUAAGUUCUAAAAUGUGUUUAAACUGUGCAAAUAUAUAAAAUUUAUUUUUGGUUAAGUUGCAGUACUUACACAGUUGUAUUUGGCCUGAUUUACUGUUGUGAAAAUUCAGUUCUGUUUUCUAAAACAAUAAGAACUUUACUGUAUAAGGCGUUAAACAUGAAUAAGUAAUGUGAAAAGAUUUGAUUGGCUGGAGUAAAAUAUGUUCCAUUUUAAGGGGAUAUUAAACACCUCUUGUUUUUGUGAGAAAAAAAAAUGUGUUUUGUCCCUUGACAGGCCAAAAAGCAAAUCAGAUAGCUGGUUUAGGCAAUUUGCAGCAAUUUGAAACACCUUGGUUACAUAUUUUACAUUUUGGUAUCUUUAGGGAGUGUGGGAGAAAGCACAAUUUAUACACAAAACAAUGGGUGCUUAAUGUUCCUUUUAAAACCCUUCAUAAGGGAAUAUGGGCACAAAAAUAACAAUAAGAAAUUAACUGAUUUUACAAGAAAAAUACACAUACCACUAAUAAAGUUAAUUGUAAAAAGUUA